AUGGACACGACAAUGUUCACGGUAUGUUUCAUUUUGAACCGAAAAAUCAUUCUAUUUCACAAGUAAUUUCCCAUCUCAGAAAGUGUCCUGACAGCCGUCCGCGAGGUUGCGAGCCGUCGAAAGCUAGCAGAGGCUGUCCGCCAGCUCGCAUUCUCAAAAAAGGGGAGGAGCGAGCGCAUCUUCCUCGCCGCCAGCUAGCGCUAGCUAGCAGCUAGCUAGCGGACAGAAAACAUUGCGACUGGAGCAGAUUUGCUCGUCUAUUUCCUUUUUCAUUUUUUUCGAAUUUUUUGGCCUAAAAUCGUUUUAUGCCUUUUUCAUCGAGAAUUUUCACAGAAAACAUGCAAGCAACGUCGCAAAGUGUUGGAAUGGAGACGGUGCACAUUUCCAGGCACCUUCGUGACAUGAAAAUGUGUUUUUGGUGAGUGCAGAUGAUUUUUAAUUCAGUAAAUUAGUGUAAACCUAUUUUACAGGGCUCUCGAUGUUUGAAGCGAUGUUUUCGACUGAAAUGGCGGGAUGGACGAGCAGCACAACAAUAUUUUUGAUAAAAUUUGUAAGGUAAGGUGGUUUGAAUGAAAGCUUUGGUUCCUAACAAGUCCCAGUAGUUUUAAAAUCAUGCUCUAGUGUAGGAACAAAUCGAUUUCAUGAGAAAAGAACUCAUUCUAUAUAAACUUCGAAUGGAAAAUUCUAUAUUCAUGUCUGUUACUCAUAUUCAUCUAGAAAUGUAUUUGAUUGUAUUUUUCCAUCAGUACUUGAUAAAUUAGAAAAUCAUUACUUUUAGAAAAUUGAUAGUGAUAGGAAUAAGUAGUUGCCAAGUAAUUACCAUGUCAUUGUCAAGUCAAGCUACUAAAUCGCUUGUCAGCACUGACUAACUUUCUACGAAAACCUUGUAAUUUUGGCUCGUUGUGUUUUCUAAACAAUGAACGCUGCCUCAGCAGUCUAUUUUUCAUUUUGCAGAUAAUAGGCUAUAUCUGAAUAUGUAACUUGAAACACUUCAAAAAUGACUCGAUUUUUUCCCAUUUCCCAAUGUCCUAUAUUUUUAAAACUAAGUUUUCAACACGAUUCACAAUUUCAGAUUCUACAAUCAUCGGCAAAAUCUUCGCAGCCUGGAAAACAGCACAAACACCCUCCACACUUCCACACCCACAGGAUUCUGAUAAUUAAUGUGUUUUUUAUUCAAUAAAUUGCUUUAAAAUAAGCUCUAUGAAUUGCGAAAACAACAGGCAAACGCUAGCUAGCAGCGAGAACUGGCGAGGUUUCGCCAGAAAAAUGCGAGAAAUGGACGGCCGUCUGCCGGCUCGCGUGCUAGCUGGCGAGAUUUUCUCGCCGACGGCUGUCAGGACACUUUCUGAGAUAGGCUGUUGUCACACUUGUUCUCUAACAUGCUCCGCCCAUAUGGCGCGUAAUAGUAGCGUUCAAAAAAUUGUGUAUUUUCCUACAAACAAAAAAUAGUUGACAUUUUUCGUUUUUGUGUUUUUUUUAAACAUUAUAAUAAAGAAUCGUUUUUACAGUCAAUCAUGGCAUCAACGAAGAAGAAGCACUCGGAUCUCCCGACAAACCUUCGUGUUGCUGUUCGAAUUCGACCAAUGAAUGCGACGGAAAAGAAGGAUAAAUGUUCGAAUAUUGUGAAGGUUGAGAAAUUCAACACAUCGGUGCAAUGCAAGGGAAAACCGUUUGGACCAUUUUUCAAAGUUUUUGACGAAAAUGCGACACAGGAAGAUGUCUACAAAGAUGUUGUCAGUUCGCAAACGAAAAAAGUGAUAAGUGGAUUCAAUUGCACAGUAUUUGCAUAUGGUCAAACUGGAACCGGAAAAACAUUCACAAUGGAAGGUGGAAAAGGAGAUGCGAAAAGUUCGAAGGAUGACACAUCGACUGGAAUCAUUCCAAGAGCCGUUGAGGAUAUAUUCGAACAAUUGGAAGCAUCUGGAUGUGAGGAAUAUUCACUUCGGGUCAGUUAUGUCGAGUUGUACAAUGAAGAACUUUUCGAUUUGUUGGCAGCGAAUACAGAAGCGGAUGAUCGAGAACGAUUGAGAAUUUAUGAUGAUCCAAGCAAAAAGGUUCGUUGUUUUCAUGUGUAAAUUGAAACUUCUAUUAAAAGUUAUAAUUUUUAGGGAGUCAUCGUUUCUGGCGUGGAAGAAGUUCCAGUUCGCUCAAGAGCUGAUGUCUAUAAAUUGUUGGAAUUGGGGGCGGAAAAACGACGAACUGCGGCAACUUUGAUGAAUCAAAGAAGUAGCAGAUCUCACAGUUUGUUCAUGGUGAAUGUGGUUGUUCGUGAAAACUCGAUUUCUGGCGAGGAACUUGUCAAGCAAGGAAAAUUGAAUUUGGUUGAUUUGGCGGGAUCGGAAAAUAUCGGAAGAUCUGGUGCACAAGGAAAUCGAGCAAAAGAAGCUGGAUCAAUCAAUCAAUCGCUUUUAACACUCGGACGAGUUAUUCGAUCUCUCACCACAAAUGCUCAACAUAUUCCAUACAGAGAAUCAAAAUUGACAAGAUUGUUGCAAGAUAGUUUGGGAGGUUCAACUAUCACAAGCUUGAUUGCAACAAUGUCACCUGCAAGCGAUAAUUUUGAGGAAAGUCAAAGUACUCUGGAAUAUGCGAUGAGAGCAGCGAACAUCAAGAACAAACCAAUUUGCAAUACAAAAGUUUCGAAGAAAACUAUUCUCAAGGAGUAUUCGGAUGAAAUUGAAAAAUUGCGAAGAGAUUUGAGAGCUGCCAGAGAGAAGAAUGGAGUUAUUAUAAGUGAAGAAUCGCAUGAGUAAGUUGAAUUUUUAGAAAAAAAAAAUAGAACUAAAAAAUUGAUAUUUUUGCAGAGAAUUCCAGCGAAGCACUGCUCGCGCUCAAGAACUCGAAGAACAACUCAAUUCAGUGGUUGAUAGACUUCGUCGAUUCACCGAAGAUCUCAUGCAUAUGGAUGAGCAAUAUAAGCAUGUUUUUGAGAGAAAAUGUGAAUUGGAAGAUCGUCUUCGUGAAAGAUAUCGAAAUUUGGCAGAAGCUGAGAAGGAAAUUGAAGAUAAAAAAGACGAAAUUCGAAUGUACACAUCUGGACUCGAGAAAAUGUAUGUUGCUGCAUGCCAAACUUUUGGACAAGCCAAACAAAUGCGAGAAUCGGCAGAUGAUAUGAAACAAGAUCUGAUGGCACACUGGCGAAAAAUCGAUGAAAUGGCCGCUUCGAAUGACAAAAAUCAAGCAAUGGUGAAUUCAUUCGCUGAGAAAAUGGGAUUAUUUGUUAAUCAAGUUUCGGAUUUGUCAGCUGAAGACUCGAAAAAAGAGGAGGAAAUUCGAAAAACUAUUGAAAGUGAUAAAGGUUAGUUUGCCGAGGAAAUUCAUUUGAAUUUUUUAAACCAAAUCACGAUUUUUCAGAAGUCAGUGUUGCAUCAACCAGAAAUAUUAAAAGCGAAUUCCAGCAGAAUGCUUCAGAAACUCGAGAAUUGAUAUCGUAUUUGAAGGAAAGCGGCGAGAAGAUCGACAACAAUUUCGAUAAAAAUAUUCGAACCUUCGCUCAACGAAAUGAUGAAACUAUCAAGCAGAAUAUCGAAAAGUUUGCUAAACUCUUCGUCACAACUUUCAGUGAUGCUCAAAAGACAAACGAAAUACUAUUCGCAAAACUUGAAGCAAUCAAACACCAAUUCGAGGAAUUCCGAAAAGAAGUCGAUCCAUUGAUGAAUGAAUUACGUGGUUCGGCGACGGAAAAUAUGGAAAGAAGAGCCCGCGAAAGAGAUCUAAUUCGUGAAUCAACCAAUUCUGGACUUCACGUCAUCAUGGAUUUUUGCAAGAAGAUGAUGGAACAAGUUAAAACAACAUCAGAAAAUUUGGCAACAAAAAUUGAUGAAUCACAAAUAGCAGAUCAAGAAUCGGUUGAGAAAACGAUUUCAACAAUUGGAACACUUGGAGAUGUUAUUAUGAGUCUUGAUGAUGGAGUUGGUGAAGAAACUUGUGAUGUUUGUGAGAUAAAAGAAGAAACCAAAAUCCACUUUGAUACAAAUCAAGAAUCCAUGAACACAACAACAGCAGAAUUCUCUGCUGAGAUUGCUAAAAUUUCAACCGAAAUCCAGGUAUUUUAAAAUAUAUGAUUUUCUUUUAAUUCAAAUCAAUCUUUUCAGAACAUUAGUUCAAAAUUCAUUGAGGAUGCUUCUGAAUGUCGAUCAAGCAUCGUUCCACAAUUCGAAGCAAUUCGAAAUAAAAAUGAUGAAAUUGCCGAAAAUUGCGAUAAACUCGAAAAUGAAAUUAGAAGAAGAACGGAAAACGUUGCUACAAUUAUGGUUAGUUUUUAUUUUGAGAAAACUUUGAUGUAAAGGAAAUUAAUGAUUUUCAGACAACUAAAUCAUCCGAAUUUGUUGAAAACAUUGGCAAUGUUAUCAAAGAAGCAAAUGAGACAAUCGCAAGUAUCGAAUAUUCGAAAGUUGAUCCAAAAGCUCGAGUUCCUGCGAGAAUAACAGCACCAGUUCUCACUGAAAGAGAGUUAUGCAAGCCGCCUCAACCGGAAUCGGUUCUUAAUUCGGGCGAAGUUGAAACUGGACAAGAAGACAAUGACGAAAUUACUUCGACAAAGCAAAACCGUCGAGUGACGACAUUCAUGAGACGCGACAGUCUCCUCGACACUACCAAUAUUUUCUCAAGUCCGACUUCACUUUUACAACGUCGAGCUGAAAUUGCUGAAGAAGACGAGGAAAACUAA